AUGGCCUGCGUUCUGCAAGAACCCGAGCCGCAGGCACCGGCGAUCUGUGACCACAUGCCGACGAUCCUUGGGUACCUCGAAGAGCACCAGGUUGUUGUCGUCUCCGCCGAGCCAGGCUCCGGCAAGUCCUCGGUGCUCCCCCGGUGCCUCGUCAACAGCGGCUACGGGCCGGUCAUCUGCGCGCAGCCACGGCACUUCGCGGCGACCGUGGCCUGGGCGAAGGCCGGGGAGGAGUGGGAGUCCGACGUCGUGUUCACGACCACCCGGUUGCUCCUCGACGCAUUCUGCGCCCGGACGGCCGUCCUGGCCUCGUUCGGCGCCGUCGUCAUCGAUGAGGCGCACGACCGCACGCUCUGCACCGACGUCCUCCUCGGGAUGAUCAGGGCCGCCGUGGCGACGGGGAAAAUGGGACACCUCAGGGUGGUGGUCUGCACCGCCGGUGGGCCGGCCGACGGCGUGCUCAGCGGCUUCUUCGGCGUGCCGAUCGUCGCGUUCCAGCGCGCGGUGCACCCGGUCGAGGUGCACUACUCUCGGGGACCAAUGCUCGACAUGGUGGGCGCGGUGAUCGAGGAGGUGGCGGGCAUCCACAAGUCGAAGCCGCCCGGCGACGUGCUGGCGUUCUUGCCGGAGGUCGUCCACGUCGAGGAGGCCUACCACCGGCUGCGGCAGCUGGGCCUGCCAGGGCUGGUCGCUUGCCGUAUCCACGACCACCUCCCGGCAGAGCUCAUGGGCGACGCGCUGGACCCUGCGCCCGGUGGCUCGAGGAAAGUCGUGCUGGCGACGGACGUGGCCGAGACGGCCGUGCUGGUCCCCGGGAUCAAGUACGUCGUCGACACCGGCGUGCUGUCAGAAGAACCGCUUGUGAAGAUCUCCAAGGAGGCUGCAAACAGGCGAUCGGCGGUGGCCAGCACCGCCAGUCCCGGGCACUGCCACCGGCUCUACACGCAGGACGAGUACGCUGCCUUCGACGAGCACAACGUUCCGCUCAUCAGCCGAGAUGGCGCCCACUUCAUGUUCGCGCUCUUGCUCAAGAGACACGCUGCUGAUGGCAUGCCGGGCUUCGAGUUUCUUGACCCAUCAGUGGCGCCGGCACUGGAGAGUGUGGUCGACCAGCUAAUUGCCGCCGGCUACUUGGAUAAGCAUGGCAAUUUGACUGAGAAAGGGGAACGCGAGGCAUAUGAUGAAGACUAG